GCUCUCAUCCCGAGGGGCAGCAGGAGAGGGAAUGGUCGCGGGUUGCGGCAGGAGAGGCUCAGACUGGACAUCAGGAAACAUUUCUUCAUUUAAAGAGUUCUCAGGGUCUGGCAGAGGCUGGCCAGGGAGGUGGUGGAGUCCCCGUCCCAGGAGAGAUUUAAAAUCUUGGUAGAUAAGGUGCUCAGGGAUCUGGUUUGGCAGUGGACAGGUACAGCUGGACUUGAUGAUCUCAGAGGUUUUCUCCAACCAAGCGUUUCUUUGAUUUUAUGACACCCUUUGGGACACAGCCAAAAUUCCCUGUGAAACCCCUCAGGCUGGAGCUGUGCCACCGUCCUGGGCCCAGGCAGCCACUGGUCCAGCCAUCCCACGCGAGUGCUGGUGCUGACGUGAGGCAGCGGAGGUCGUGGAAACAGGCCGGAAGGCACCUCCAGAGGCAGCAGGAGAAGCCCAGCUCAGCUUCAGACUAGCACCGUGAAGGAGAAACUCUGCAAGCUUUUCUCAAUGACUCUAUAGCCAACUGAUGUAACAAUGGUACUAAUAUUGGGACGCAGACUGAAUAGAGAGGAUAGUGGGAUACGAGAUUCCCCUGCAACCAAGCGGAAAGUUUUUGAAAUGGACCCAAAAUCAUUGUCAGGCCCUGAGUUUUUCGACUUCUCCUCGGGAUCAUCCCACGCUGAAAGCAUUCUCCAGAUCUUCAAUGAGUUUCGAGACAGCCGGUUGUUCACUGAUGUGAUUAUCUGUGUGGAAGGAAGGGAGUUCCCCUGCCAUCGAGCGGUUCUCUCAGCCUGCAGCAGCUACUUCAGGGCUAUGUUUUGCAAUGAUCACAGAGAAAGCAGAGAGAUGUUGGUGGAGAUCAAUGGCAUUUUUGCUGAAGCUAUGGAUUGCUUUUUACAGUACGUAUACACUGGCAAGGUGAAGAUCACUACGGAGAACGUGCAGUAUCUGUUUGAAACAUCGAGUCUCUUUCAGAUUAGUGUUUUGCGUGAUGCCUGUGCCAAGUUCCUGGAAGAACAGCUGGAUCCUUGCAAUUGUCUGGGAAUCCAGCGCUUUGCAGAUACGCACUCGCUCAAGACACUGUUCACCAAAUGCAGGAAUUUUGCACUGCAGACCUUUGAGGAUGUGUCCCAGCAUGAAGAAUUCCUUGAACUGGGGAAGGAUGAGCUUAUUGAUUACAUUUGCAGUGACGAACUGGUGAUCAGUAAGGAGGAGAUGGUAUUUGAAGCUGUCAUGCGCUGGGUGUACCGGGCAGUUGACUUGCGAAGACCGGUGUUACACGAACUGCUGACGCAUGUCAGGCUCCCCUUGUUACACCCAAACUACUUUGUUCAGACUGUGGAAGUGGACCAGCUGAUUCAGAACUCACCAGAGUGCUAUCAGCUGCUGCAUGAAGCCAGGCGAUACCAUAUCCUUGGAAAUGAGAUGAUGUCUCCCAGAACGAGGCCACGCAGAUCAACUGGUUAUUCUGAGGUAAUAGUCGUUGUUGGAGGCUGUGAACGAGUCGGAGGGUUUAAUUUGCCGUAUACCGAGUGCUACGAUCCCGUAACAGGAGAGUGGAAGUCACUGGCUAAACUUCCAGAGUUCACAAAGUCUGAGUAUGCAGUGUGUGCUCUACGGAAUGAUAUUCUUGUUUCAGGUGGAAGGAUCAAUAGCCGGGAUGUUUGGAUUUAUAACUCACAACUUAACAUUUGGAUCAGAGUUGCCUCCUUAAAUAAAGGCAGAUGGCGUCAUAAAAUGGCUGUUCUUCUUGGUAAAGUCUAUGUUGUUGGAGGGUAUGAUGGGCAAAACCGCCUCAGCAGUGUUGAAUGCUACGAUUCGUUUUCUAAUCGAUGGACAGAGGUGGCUCCCCUUAAAGAAGCCGUGAGCUCCCCAGCAGUCACCAGCUGUGUUGGCAAACUGUUUGUGAUUGGAGGUGGUCCCGACGACAACACGUGUUCUGACAAGGUUCAGUCUUAUGAUCCUGAUACUAAUUCCUGGUUGCUCCGUGCAACUAUCCCUAUCGCAAAAAGAUGUAUUACGGCUGUGUCUUUAAACAAUCUGAUCUACGUGGCCGGUGGUCUCACCAAAGCAAUAUACUGCUAUGAUCCUGUGGAGGACUACUGGAUGCACGUGCAGAAUACGUUCAGCAGACAGGAGAAUUGUGGCAUGUCUGUGUGUAAUGGAAAAAUCUAUAUCCUUGGCGGAAGACGAGAAAACGGUGAAGCCACAGAUACUAUUCUUUGUUAUGACCCUGCCACGGGCAUUAUCACAGGAGUAGCAGCCAUGCCCAGGCCAGUAUCGUAUCAUGGCUGUGUGACAAUUCAUAGAUAUAAUGAAAAAGGCUUUAAACUGUAAUUUUUUUCUUGAAGAAAAAGAAGAUGGCAUGAAUGAAUCCAGUGGUCUGCUGCAAAACAGGCUUUCUAAAGAUUCCUGGAGUGGGAAAAUGCCCUUUCCCUGCCUAAGUGUCGUAUGAAAAUUAUAUCCCGUGCCUUUAGAAAAAGUUUUAAUUUAACUUUUAAAACAAGUCUUCAAAUCUGUCCAAUGACCAGAGUUCAGUUAUUUCUGCUGCGGGCUCUGGCAGGCGAGCAGUAAUAGUACUAGUGUUCAGGAAGUUUUCCCUACGUGCGAUUAGUGAUUAAAACCUUGAAGCUUUCUGGUGAAAGUGCCUUCACAAGCAUUUGUGCCUGUGUCCUGAGAAGCGAUAUCUGCAAGGCGUUUCAGGUUCUGCUAAUUGGAAAAAUACACAGGCAAGUCAGUUGCAAAGAAUGAUCUAUGAUAAUUACCUACCAUUAAAAGAAGCUUAUAUAAUUACAAGUCAUAUGUACAGCAUUCUUACAAGUGGAUUACUUGGCUUACCAAGCAGGCUUUGUGUCACAUCGUGCGUGGUUUGGAAUUUAAAAAAACAUCAAACAAACAUGCUACAUAGGAUAAAUAUCAGAAUGUUGGUGGAAUGUUUUUUUCUGAAGGAGGAACUGGUUGCUGAGUGAGCUGCUGCACCACUCUGCAGUGAGGAUUGUGUACCCUGACGCUAUGGACCUUAUUCAUAGUGUUGCUAAAUGUUUAUCAGAAAUACAAGGCUGUAUGACACAGAAAAGUAGCAACUGCUGGAGUGUAGGCGAGCAUCUGAGGCAAACUUUGAAUCCCAGUUCUUCACUUUUUGAAUAGUGCAGCUGAAGUCUGCCAGUUUGCUCCUUGAUCACAGCAAAGUAUCUCUAAACUAUUCAAGGAGUAAAAAAAUGAUGAACUCUGGAUUCUUCCACUUUUCUGAAUUGUGUUAUAAAUUACCAAACAGUAGAGGCAGGGGCUCAAGUUCCACCCUACAGCCUACAAAUUGAUCUUUGAGAUAUCUCAUCUACAGAGAUGGCAGAUUACCCACUGGGUAAUUCUUGGCCUUUAUUCAGACAAUCACUUGCUCUAGCAUGGUUAAACUACUGUAUAAGCUGCUUGGCCACAGGUAAAGUAGUUCUGGAAAGGUCCCUCCUGUCACUUGAAAAAUAUCUGUGGGCCUGUCCACGUGGCCAUAUGAGGUAACUCCCACAUGCCAUGUUUUGACUAAUUUUGAAACUUAAGAAGCACCUUUUUUGUAAGUCCUCCCUAGAUUUCUGUACUAGGUCUCUCUGUUUCCACUACUCGGAAACGAGACACGAGUUCAUAAACACCAAAAUAGCACUUGAGAGUUGGAUAACAGAUAGGAUUGUGUACCAAUUUCCUGUUAAUCACCAAAGCUCUCAGGAACUGCCUUACAAAGGAAUUCUGAGGACAGCAGCCAGUAGGGAAGUUGGUCAGUGCCAGGGCAGAAAAAGAAACAUAAGGCCUUUGCAGAGACAGCCCUGGCCUCAGGGCUGUGGUCUCCAUGCUUUCUCAGGAGGGUGAAAACAAGCACCAGCUCUGGAACGUCAUUUGUUCCACUACAUUUUCUUCAUCUGUUUUCCCAGAGUAUUUCUUCAUGAGAUGGAAAUUCUGACCCUCAGUGAAGCUGUGCCAAUAAUGGGAGUUAUCAUUGUCAGUAAUGUAUGGUCAUGACUUUUAAAGAGCACUGGAAGCUGCACUUUGAUGCAUUAACUCAUAACCUCAGGAAAGGACACAAUUUUCAGUUUCGGGCUGAAUACCAAACACUGUUUUGUAUAUGUUAAGAAUACUGAUAAAACGCAAAUCUCAGCGAAUCGGUGAUAUAAUUAGGAAGUCAGUCCCUGAGCAUGUAUGUUCACAUUGCCCUAAAAAGGAAGUCCCUCAGUAAUGAAAGACAAAUGAAUCAGAUAAACUAAUCCUUUUCUAAGUUCCUUGUGUUUCUGCUCACCGAGUGUUACUUCGAAAAGGUAGUUCCAGUACCUGUGAAUAAGGUCCAGUGAUAGCAAUGGUGAUUGCCCAGUAACUUAUAUGAUGUACUAACGCUGUAUAUAACUUGUGCCAUCAUUGCAAAUGGAGGUGUCAAAAAUGAUAGGAGCACUUCAUUAGAGAUGCAAUUUGAAGAAUAUUCUCUUUUCCUUUGAAUUCCUCCUUGUUUAUAUUAAGGCUUGUAAUGUUGAUUGUCAUACUAAGCUGUUUUUAAACAUCCUUUAUUCUGUAGGUGUAGAACAAUGUCAUUUAUGUAUAGGUAUCUUUUAACCUGUGUUUAUAAUACUGCACUACUCUGUAAGUAACAAGAUACUGCUUUCUGCGGUUUUAAAGAUUCAUUUUAUAGUUUAGUUGUCUGUUCUUAAUAAUUUCUGUUACUUAUUCUUUCGAAAAUGACAGUGGUUUAUGAACCAGUAAAUGCAGAAAUGUAGAUGUAGAAGAAAACCUCUGCUUACAGUUACUGAGAACAUGUAUUCAGUGCUGAACAGCCACGUGUGGAGCAUUGCUAAAUGGCAGUUAUUCAUCCAACGAUUUCCUGUAAACAAGCAGUGAAUUACAUUUUUCUUUGCUUGUUAACUCUGUAAAUAAUUUGCACUUACGGCCUGCUCUGUAAUAACAAUUAUUUUUAGAUGUAGUAGAAGAGAAAAAUUCACCUUUGCUUUAAUGGAAAUGUACCGUUUUUCCAGAAGGAUGCAUUAAUUUGGAAGUCACAUUCUGAGCCACCUGUUUUCUGAUGCAUUUCACUUGGGUAUAGGUGAUUCCAAAGAUGUAAACUCCUAUGUGAGGUAUAUCUAGCUGCUUGUGGUUUAUGGGCUUGAGCAGCGAGUUGGGUUUUUUGUAUCUGCAAGGAGAGAAAAUUAUUAGUGUCGUUAGUUUAAUCAAAAUAUUUCCAUCAUAACUGGUGAUGAGUUUGGCAGCCCUGAAGCGGAGACAGCGACACAAAGAUGUAACCGGCCUAACCACCUAUGGGAAGACAGUUCAAGUAUCUGCAAAGUCACAUCCAAAUAAUAAACUCUGAAUUGUCCAGUAUUUCCCUCCAGUAAAGAGGUAGUUCCCUUUGAAGUAUUUCACUCUUAAGAAGCAAGGGAAGUAAAUGUUUUCCUUCUCCAUUUUGAUGUCCAUGAGUUACAUCCUUCUGUUUUUAGCGAUAAGAUAUUAACUCUCAAGAAAGUUGAUGCUUCCUUGCAUCGUGGCUUCAAGAAGGUUCUGAGUCAAUGACUUCAGUACCACAUUACAGUGCAGCCUAUGGCCUUUCACUUUUAGAUAGAUGGUGCGUUCUCUCAUUUUGCAGCCAUCAAGCGUGUAACAUCGCCUGGUAAUCCUGCAGUUUUACUGGUAGGCUCCCUUCUUGGUAAUGCUUAAGUAGAUGUAACUUGUGGAAUCUGUUUCAUUUGUCAUACCAUCAACUGAUUCAUUUUACACUAGGUGCCCAGUAUGCGUUUUGAGGACUCGGCACUGUGCUUUCCACUUGAACACUGAGGGUCCAGAAUCGUACUGGUAGUUUUAUAUUUAGUUGGCACCAAUGCAGUUCUCAUCAGAAAUUGCUUUUGUUUCUACUUUCUGAAGCACAGAUAUCUUUAAUGCAGAUUGUGUUGAUAUGGACCCUUAUCAUAAUGUACUCCAGCUCUUUAAAUGGUAUUUUUAAUAGUGCAGAUUUCUCAGAGAGGCUGAUGAUGUAGGGAGAGAAGAUGCUGGCCCUGACAGGGGUUCAGAGGAAGCUUUGGUCACCUGUGCUUUUUGGUCAUUUCUGUUUGAGAGCUAGGACACUGCUGAUGGGCCCAGCUUCUUACUCAAAAUGGUCGAGUUCACAACAUUCUCUUAGGUUAUUACUCAGCUUCUGCUUUUGUUUUGUUUGAGCUACAGGGACAAAGCAAGAAGCAGUCCCACUCCCUCUGACUUCAGGUUUGCCUCCUGCCCAAGGCACAGGAGCUGUCACUCGCAGAGGGUAGGCAGAGCCCCGAACUUGGUCCAGCUCCAAAGAAAGACAAGAGAAACUCGGGGAUGUGGGGGGGAUGGCAGGAGGCCAUGCAGUGCAUUUUGGAUUUAUGCAUUUGGCUGGACUUGCUGAAACCAAGGCAUUCUGGAUGCUCAUAAGUUUGCAAUUCCAGGUGCUGAAACUUGGGUGGUAAAAAUAUUUCACAUUUUCCAACUCAUAUUUGCCAUUUGCCAACUGGACUCGGAUGGAGCAAUAAAGAGGUGUAUAUGGUCUUGGCCUUCUAGUGUCAAUGUUCAAGAAAGCCAAAGGUUCAUUUUUUUCCCAGCCACUCAACUGGGCAAGUAUUUGUGGGUUUUUCCCACCGCUGAAGGUGGUAAAAGCUAAUUCAAGAGCAUUAAGAAACUCGCCAGACUUGAUCACUGUGAGGCAAAGUGAAUGUUUUCAUCCGAAUGUGGUCUCAUGCACACAAAGUACAAUUAAAUGGUUCCUUGUGCCUGGUUAAAAAAAUCUGAGCAAUGUAUGUACAGAAAAGGAGUCUACGAGCUAAGAUGAGAUGUUUAACAGAAAUUUGCUGUCUGGUUGGGGUCCAGCAGUGAUUUGAGGGAUUUUUUUUUAUUUUUAAUGUCUAACACACAAGUUUCCUCAGUCUUGAAUUAUUUUAGGUGGCAUUAAUAAAAAUGGAUCUCUGUCAGAUGAUCCUGCGUGUACUGUGAGCAGUUGCACAGAACGGUAAGCCACCUCCUGCCAACCCCAAACCACACGCGGGAAUCGCAUCUCCUCUGCAUGCUGGCCUUGCGCCAGCUGCCUGCUCUAACUAGCGUUACACAGAAAUCCGUGUUACUCAAAGUACAUGGCCUCGAUAACGUUAUCGUUUAAGAGCUCUACCUACAGAAACAUUUCUUUUUUCCUACUGUAGUGCUCCACUCUACGUUCGUUUGCACAGCUGUGUAUGUGGAUAAUUUUGUGAUCAUUUUCUGAUAAUGCUGUUAUAAGUAAUGCCCCUGUGUACAGCAUGUUGAUAAUGUAAUUAUGGCUUACUUUGUAUUAUUAGUUCCAAAGAAAAUAAUGUGUGUUAAUUUUGCAAAUACCCGUGCUUUGAAUUCACCUAUAUUUUUAUCUAUUGGGAAAAAGAGUUUGGAUUACUUCUCCGGGUUUGUUAUCUUUAUUAGGUUUGGUCUUAACUGUCCAGACUGUUAAUGUCCUUCUAAAAGAAAUAAAUCUUGCCAAUCAUUAACUAGAAUAGUUAAACUUCUUGUUUAGAGUAUACCUAGGAUGCUUCCAUUAUUACAGUGGUUAGAUUUAAUCUAAGGAAACCAGUAUUUGUGUUGUUCCUAUUUUUUUGUUUCCAGCACUCCUUGGUGACAAAGGAUUUGAGUUUAGUCUUUGACUGUCCUUAACAUGUCCGGUUUCUUGGUUUAGUCAGUGGCCUCGACGGUAUUUUUGAACACACUGACUUGUCAGUCGUGACGCUCUUGUUCAAUACACGUAACAUGAAGCAAUAAUAUGGUGCAGCAUGGCAAUAAGCAGAUCGAGAGACUUGAAUGUAACGUACUACUCCCAAUUCCAUCUGCGUAAAUUCUGGACCUGUGAGUCAUUCUCCUUUUGGUGCACCUGUAGCAAUUUGGAGUGAGAUUAAUAGGAGCCAUGGAAAGAGAGUUUACCUCCUGAACUGUUACUCAUAUGAUAUUUUAUCUUCACCUCAAAUCACAUCUUGAUUUUCCUUUUUUUGCUGAGGAAAACAGCAGUUCAUGUUAUUCCUUUAUUUGCUGAAACAUAAAAGGCGUAGUUCCGUGAAGAGCUGAUCUUGUCUUCAGGAACAACCUGGUGCAGCACAAAUGACAUUUGAACAGCAGGAGUGCAGACCACUUCCUGUUUGCCAGAGUCGGCGUAACAUGAUCUCGCAUAUAACAUUGUCUCCAGAUUGUGCUGACAGUAGUGAUUUUGUAACAUAGCACAAUUGCAAUAACAUGUUAUAUUUAAACAUAUUUCUUGCAUAAUUCUUUGGAAGUUUUUUAAAGUUCAGUGUACCUAAUAAAGAUUUGCCUUUUGAAUA